AUGAGUACAAUAGGUAAUAAUGCUAGUAGCAUUGGAAAUACACCAAUAUUAGGAAGUGUACCAUCAAAUAUAGCAGCAGCACCACCAACAACAACAACAACAACAACAACAACAACAACAACAACAACUACAACACCAACAACUACAACACCGACAACAACAACUACAACGACAAAUACAUUAAAUACAAUGAUUGCAUCUACAACACCAUUAUCAACCACACCAACCAAUGUACCAAUAAAACCACCAUUAUUAAUUAAUCAAUUUGGUAAACCAUUACCAAACUUAUCAUCAACGGCAUCAUCACCAAGAACACCAAUUAAACCAUUUAUUGGUACACCAAAUAAUCCAUCGACACCAUCAUCUUUAAUAGCAUUAUCAUCACCGAUUGGUGGUGGCGGUGUUGGAUCAACCCCAUUUUCAAAUCAAUUCAUAGGGUAUAGUGGUGGUGGUGGUGGUAGUUCUAGUAGUAGUAAUAAUUCAACAAUUGCAUAUAAUGGUAGUACACCAUAUAAACCUGUUUUAACUGGUAGUGGGGGUAUUGGUGGUGGCGGAAGUGGAUCAUCAACACCAAAUAGAGGUAGAUUUAGUGGUAAAACAUCAAAUAUUGGUGGUGGUGGUGGAUUAAAUAAUUUAAAUGUUGGUGGGGGUGUAGGAGUUAUAGUAGGUGGUAUUGGUAAUGGUAGUAGUAAUAGUGGAGUUGGUGGUACAACAACUUAUCAAGCCUCACAAUUAGUUGUAACAAAUAUUUCAAAAGGAACAACUACAAAACGUUCAUUCCCAAUACCAACCAAUAUAACACCACCAAAAUGCCCAUUACCAAAUUGGUUCACAAGUUUAGAUAAUAUACAUCAAGUUGAAAUUAAUAAUUUACCAGAAUUCUUUCAAGAUGACAAUGAAAAUGGCAAUGGCAAUGGCAAUGGUAGUGGUAGUGGUAGUAAUAAUAUGACAGAAAUAGAUUAUGAUGAAAUUGAUGAAGAUGAAUAUAGUUAUGUAGAUAGUGUAGAAUAUAAAUAUAUUAAAAAAAAACAAAAGCUUCAAUUAUCAAAUAAAGAAUUAUAUAAAAUAUAUCGUGACUAUAUGAUUACAAGCUAUCAAAAGAAUCCAUACCAAUAUCUAUCAGUUACAGAUGUUAAAAAUCAUUUCAUAAAUCAAAAUAAAAAAACUUUCAAAGUUAAUAUAAGAUCAAUAAUUAAAAUUUUCGAUUUCUUAGAGUAUUGGGAUUUAAUCAAUUGCUUUGUAAAUAGUGGUGACUAUAUGAAUAUAAUAUCACCUGGUGUUUUCAAUUAUUGUAAUGAAUUUUAUCAAUCUUUCUAUAGAAAGAAAUUUAAACAUGAAGAAAGAGAAAAAGAAGAAAAAGAAAGAUUAGAAAGAGAAGAAAAAGAAAGAUUAGAAAGAGAGGAAAAACAAGAGAAAGAAGAAAAAGAAAGAUUGGAAAAGGAAGAAAAAGAAAGAUUAGAAAGAGAGGAAAAACAAGAAAAAGAAGAAAAAGAAGAAAAAGAAGAAAAAGAAGAAAAUGAAGAAAAAGAAGAAAAAGAAGAAAAAGAAAAGGAAGAAAAAGAAGAGAAAGAAAAACAAGAAAAGGAAGAUGAUAAAGAAAAACAAGAAAAUGAAAAUGAACAAGAAAAAAUUGAAAAAAAAGAAAAUAAAAAUGAUAGUCAAAAUAAAGAAAUAAAAGAAAAUCAUGAUAAAAAAGAUGAAACAACAGAUAGUAAUAAUACCACCACCACUACCACCACCACAACAACAACUUCCACCAAUACCUUGGUAGCAGAAUCAUCAUCAUCAUCAUCAACCGAAACAGAUGAUAAUGAUAAGGAAAUGAAAGAACAACCUGUCCAAGAGAAUAAAGAUAAAGAAAUGAUGGAAACUGAUACUACAAAAGAGAAUAAUGGUGUAGAAACAACAGAAACAACAAAUCAAACUACUGAUUCAAUCGAAACAGAUAAAGAAAUGAAAGAUCAACCAAUUAUUAAUCUUGAAAAAGAAAAAUCAUCAGAGGAUAAAGAAAUAAACGAUGAUCAUAAUGAAAAUGAAAAACAAGAUAAAGAUAAAGAAAAUGAAAAAGAAAAAGAAGAUAAAACUGAAAAUGGAAAUGAAAAAGAAAAUGAAAAAGAAAAUGAAAAAGAAAAUGAAAAAGAAAAUGAAAAAGAAAAUGAAAAUGAAAAAGAAAAUGAAAAUGAAAAAGAAAAUGAAAAUAAAAAAGAAAAAGAAAAAGAAAAUAAAAAAGAAAAUGAAAAUGAAAAUGAAAAAGUAGAUGAAAAAAUAGAAAUUGAUAAAGAAGGAAUUAAUGAAGAUGAAAAAAUGGAUGAAGAAAAAGAAGAGAAAAUUAAUAAUAAAAAAGAAGACGAAGAAGUUGAAAGUGAAAUUAAAAAAGAUAAAUUAAAAGAAAAUGAAGAGGUAGAAGGUGAAAUUGAAGGUGAAAAUGAUGAGGGUGAAGUGGUAGAAGAGGAUGAAGAUGAAGAAAUGGAAAUUGAAGAGGAUGAAGAAGAUGAAGAAGAUGAAAAGAGUAAAGAACCAAAGAAAUUGACAACAACGAAAUCAGCAAAUGAUCAAUUAAUUAAAAAGAAGAAACCAUUAUUUGAAUGUAAGAAAUGUAAAGCAGAUUGUUCAAAUGUAAGAUAUCAAUUAGUUAAUAAUUCAACGGCAUUGGAUGGAAAUAUUCUACCCGAAUAUUUCUAUCCAAUGAUAAUAUGUGUCAAUUGUUUUAGUAGUGGUAAUUAUGAGAAUUUCAUACAAUCAUCAUCAUUUCAAAGGAUUGAACAACACCAACCAGAGGAAUUUGGUUGGACCGAUAUUGAAACAUUAUUACUCUUGGAGGGUAUUGAAAUUUUCCGUGAUAAUUGGCAAGAGAUCUCUGAUUAUAUUGGUGGCUCAAAAACACCUGAACAAUGUUUAACUCAUUUCAUAAGGUUACCAAUCGAAGACGAAUUCCUUGAGAGAAAAAUCUCAUCUUUUCCAGUUGGUUCACUUUCAAAGAAAGAAAUCGAUUCAAAUAAUCCUUUCUCAAUUACCUAUGGUGUAAAUAAUCCAAUAAUGUCAUUAGUUGCUUUCUUCUCCUCUUAUUCUCAACCACCUUUAGGUUUAUUGGCUUCAAAGGCUGCCAAAGUCAUUUUGGAAAUUUUAAAUGAUCCAAAAUAUCAACAACCUUCAAAAGAAGAAUUGGAAAGAAUUCAAAAAGAAAAAGAUGAUAAAGAAAAAGAAGAUAAGGAAAAAGAAUUAAAAGAAAAAGAAUCAAAAGAAAAGGAAUUAAAAGAAAAGGAUGAUAAAGAAAAAGAAAAAGAAAAAGAAUUAAAAGAAAGAGAAGAUAAAGAAAAAGAAGAAGAUAAAGAAGCUAAAGAUAAAGUAGAUAAAGAAAAAGAAGAAGAUAAACAAAAACAAGAUAAAGAAAAAGAAGAAGAUAAAGAAAAACAAGAAAAAGAUAAAGAAGAAGAUAAAGAUAAAGAAAAAGAAGAAAAUAAAGAAGAUAAAGAAAAAGAAGGUACAGAUAAAGAAGGUAAAGAUAAAGAAGAUAAAGAGAUUAAAGAGGAUAAAGAAAAAGAAGAAAAAGAUAAAGAAGCUAUUGGAGAUCAUGAUAAAAGUGAUUCUACCAAUACUACCACUACUAAAGAAAUGGAAAUAGAGAAACAAGAUUCGUCAACUUCAACAAAUAAAGAAACUGUAGAAAUGAAUCAAGAUGAUCAUGUAAAAAUUGAUGAAAAAGAAACCAAAGAAAACGAUAAAAAAUCUAUUACUGAGGAAGAAAAUCAACAAAAAGAUGAUAAUGAUAAUAACAACAAUAGUCAUAACCAUAAUAAAGAAAUUGAAAAAGAUGAUAAUAAAGAAAAUGAAAAUGAAAAAGAAAAAGAAAAUGAAAAUAAAAAUGAAAAGCAAAUUGAAAAUGAAAAUGAAAAAGAAAAAGAUUUAAAUAAUUUAAGUGAAUCACAAUCAUCUAAUGACCAAUCGAAAUCAAAUGAACAAAUGAGUAGUGAUAACCAAGAAUCAAAAGAAAAUAGCGAAUCCAAUAGUAAUACUCAAAUAACCUCAAAAGAACAAAAUAUAACAACCGACCAAUCUGAAAAACCAAAAGAAACACCCACAACAACAACACCUGCAACACUACCAGCAACACCAAUUAGCGAAUCAAAUACAACCACUACAAAUACUAUUGUUGAUAAAGAGAAUAAUAAUGAAACCAAUAAAACAAAUGAAAACAAUAGUAAUAAUAAUAAUACUAAUGAAGAGAAUAAAACAGCUGAAUCCAAUAAUAUGGAAACUGUUGUUGAAAAUAAUGAAAAAAAACCUGUAGAUAAUGAUGAUAAUAAUAAUAAUAAUAAUAAUAGUAAUGAUAAAAUGGAUGUUGAUAAUAAAAAUAAUAAUAAUAAUAACAAUGUAGAUAAAAAUGAAAAAGAUAAAGAUGAAGAAAAUGAAAUGGAAGAAGUUGAGGAAGAAGAAAAUGAUUUAAAUGAUGAAAAGAAAGAAAAUGGUGUAGAUGGUGUUGGUGAAGAAGAUGAUGAUGAAGAUGUUGAAAUGGAAACAGCUUCUGUCGAUAUAAGAAAAUCAACCACGACCACCACUAAAACAUCCCUAUUAAUGAUGUCACCACCACCACCAAAGAAAUCUAGAAUCCCUGAACCAAAUCCAGAAUAUUUUUCAGAGGCUGCAAUCCAAGCAGCAACUGCCGCCGCUUUUGAAACAAUUCAAAAUGAAUCAAAGAAAUAUUACGAACUUGAAGAACAAGAAAUUAGAGAUUUAAUUAGGUCCAUCGUAAUUUGUCAAAUUAGAAAACUUGAACUCCUAUGGAAAUUCUAUGUUACCUAUGAGCAAUCACUUGAAAAAGAAAAAGAUUAUUAUGAAAAAAUUACAAAAUCACAUCUUCAAUAA